AUGAGCCGUGAAAAUGCGAACGUGCCGGAUACAACGCCGGGCAGAGCUGGUAAUUUCUUUCAUCCGUUCUUUUCUAUUUCUUCCCCCUCCCCUUAUGGGAUUUUCUGUUCACGCACACGUACGGUGCAACGUACGGUGAGAAACGAUAAAGCACAAUACGGCUAUUAAUAUUACGCCUAUACGAGACGAAACGUGUACAAAUCGGGCUAAAAUUAGACACCGUGAGAUUUCAAGUCUCUCCCAUUUGAAACGUGGUUUGCUUGCUUUCGUUUCCUUUGAAACGAGUCGAGGAAGGAAUCAAGUCAAAUGGCUGGGGAAGGAAAAUGGAAAAUCCUUUUUUCCCUCUCUUCUUUUCUUGUAUCAUUCGCGAAAAACGCGCCAGUAACAACCAGCAUGUUCGAAUGUUCUGGAACAGGGUACGAAGUCCAAUUGCCGGAUGAUUCGAACGAUGUGUUUUACAACUUUCGUUUAUCGAUCGAGAGAGGAGAGUUGUUUUAUCGACCGAUGCUCGGCAACCCUCUAAAUCACGGUGUAGCAAUGACCAGGAAUGAUCGUAGCGAACAAGAUCUGGAUAGCUACAACGAGGGUGGUCACGGCCUGCGAACAGAUAAGCGUGAAUUAGGUCACAGGUAAUUUUUUCUUUUUUCCUCCUUUUUUCUCUCCUUCGUUCUUUUUUUUUUGCGCAUUCCACAUCCACCGCGAUUACAUCAUCCUCGAGUGACGAUUAACUUACGAAUUUCGCACGAAGAUGGAAUACUAUUAUUAUUGAAUUAUUCGUCGAGGUGACGAAUCUCUCAGAAGUAUAGAUUAAAUUUAUUAAAUUUAUUAAAUUUAUUAAAUUUAUUAAAUUUAUUAAAUUUAUUGACAUAGUUCUUAAUUAUUCUUGACGAGGGGGCAGAAUUCUCUCUCUCUCUCUCUCUUCUCUGUCCAUUUUAGAAUAUCCGCCGCGACGAUUUGCCGUGUAAUUCCUACAAAAUGAUUCGAAAGAACUGUUAAUUAUCAGAGCGUUGCAAUUCUAGUGCAUGCCGACAGUGCGUCUGUGCGCUAAUUUUUUCUCGAUGCAAGUGCGUGGAAAAUUUCUUCCUUCGGGUUCGUGUCCAUGUAGUUUACGUAACUUCUCACUGCAAUGCAGAUGUUAGCGCCAGGGGCAAUAAAAGAGCUUGCAGUACCUCUACAACUGUAAAUAAAGAGAGAUUGCAUGAUCGUAUUUAAUUUAUAACUCGAUCGAAUUUAAAUCGAUCUGGAUGCGUGUGUGUGAUUUUUAUGGAGAUUCAUAUUUUUGAAAAGCAAAUGAAAGCAUCAUAGGAAAUUGUUUUUAUCUACCAAGUGUUUCACGUUUUUUUUUUUUUUUUUUUUUUUUUUUUUUUCUUCAUAUAAAAGUGUUAUAGCUUAUAAAUUUCAUGUAAAUGUAUAAAAAUUCCGUCGUAACGAUAAGAAUUAUUUAUCUUCGUUUGCGCUCUAUUUUUUUCUUUUUUUUUUUUUUUUUAAGUAGAUUAAUACCUGCUCUCUAUCUAGAGAUUUGUGAUAGUAAGUUGAAAACAAAUUCCAUCGGACCACCAGCCGAUAUCUUUUUUUUUUUUUUUUUUAAAUGCAAGAUGGACAACGCUAA